CAGAAAGACACACACAGCACACUCACAGUGAAGAUUGUCAACGUUAGCUUGAAUGGCUGAUGACUGUAGAGUCCUCAGGAACUUGAGAGGUUUCACUCUAAAGUCAGUAUUAGAGUAUUCGUCUUGUUGAUGUGGAAAACCGCAUUGGCUCACAGUUCCUAAAUUAUCCAGCCUUGAAAAAGCAAAAAUGAAAUCUAUCAGAAAUGUGGCUGCAGGACAUCGUUCUAUCAGCUCUUUCGAAGUGAUGGUCUCAGCUCUCUUCAUGGUGCUCAUGGUCCUCUCUGUUGGGUUAAUUGUGGUGUCCUGGCUGGCAGUUAAGGAAUCAGAAACAGAUAGAUGAGAUCUUUGAGUCAAGUAAUCUGAAGAAUGAAUAUAAAAAAUCAAGAGUUUUUCAAUUUGAAAAUGGCAGCGUUAUUGUCCUCUUUGACCUUUUUUUUGCUCAGUGGGUAUCAGAUGAAAAUGUAAAAGAAGAACUGAUUCAGGGCAUUGAAGCAAAUAUAUCCAGCCAACUGGUCACUCUCCAUAUUGAUUUGAACAGCAUUGAUAUCGCAGCAUCUUUGAGCAACUUCUCAACACCAUUCCCUCUGACAACUUCAGAUAAGUAAUAGCUAGCAGUUUAAUGACAACUUCAGGAUCGUUGGAUAACUUCUCAACACCAAUUGGUACAACAACCUCAGCACAAUGGGUGAGUUCUCAAUAGUAAUUGUUUCACCAACUUCUGGCAAUGUCUCAGUGGAGUGCCAACCUGGUUCACGGCCCUGUGCUAAUGCUUGGGACUGCGUAGCAACUGAUUUGUUUUGUGAUGGAGAAGUGAAUUGUCCAGAUGGUGCUGAUGAAGACACUGGGCUAUGUGCCACAGCUUGUGAUGGAAGAUUUUUGUUGACGGGAGAUUCUGGGGUUUUCCAAGCCAAUCGUUAUCCACGGCCAGAUGAAUCAGGUGUUGUUUGCCGCUGGAUCAUCCGUGUAAACCAAGGACUUUCCGUUAGAAUGAGCUUUGGAAAAUUUAUUUCACAUUAUACAGAUGUGUUAGAUAUUUAUGAAGGUAUAGGACCUAGCAAAAUUCUAAGAGGCUCUUUUUGGGAAACUGAUCCUGGAACCAUUCGAAUUUUUUCUAACCAAGUUACUGUCACCUUUCUGAUAAAAUCAGAUGAAUAUGAUUACAUUGGCUUUAACGCAACAUACAGCACUUUCAACAGCAGCGAGAUUAACAAUUAUGAAAAAAUCAACUGUACAUUUGAUGAUGGUUUUUGCUUCUGGACCCAGGAUCUUGAUGAUGAUAAUGAGUGGGAAAGGAACCAAAUGGCCAGGUUUCCUUGUUACACUGGCCCAUUUUCUGACCAUACAUUUGGAAACGAAUCAGGAUUUUACAUUUCUACACCAGCUGAGCAGGCAUGGAAAAGUGAAAGAGUGGGCCUCUCAAGCCUUUCUUUAGGCUUCACUUCAGAGCCUGUCUGCCUUCAUUUCUGGUAUUACAUGUGCUGUGAAAAUGUCUACAACUUAAACAUUCAUGUCAGCAGCACUGAAACCACAGACAAAAUAGUUUUUCAAAGGCAAGGAAACUAUGGGAGGAAUUGGAACUAUGGUCAAGUCACAUUAAACGAAACAGUAGAAUUUAAGGUUGUGUUCAAUGCUUUUAGAAACCGAGGUUGCAGUACAAUAGCCCUGGAUGAUAUAAGUCUAACAAAUGGGAUCUGUAGUGAGAGUCCUUAUCCAGAACCAACCUUGGUCCCCACCCCUCCACCAGAGCAUCCUACUGACUGCGGAGGACCUUUUGAACUAUGGGAGCCAAAUACAACGUUCAGUUCUCCAAAUUUUCCAGACAAUUACCCCAACCAAGCUUUCUGUAUAUGGAACUUAAAUGCACAGAGUGGGAAAAAUAUUCAACUUCACUUUCAAGAAUUCGACUUAGAAAAUAUCAAUGAUGUAGUUGAAGUUAGAGAUGGGGUAAAAUUUGACUCCCUGCUCUUAGCCGUGUAUACAGGACGUGGUCCUGUGAAGGACUUGUUCUCUACCACAAAUAGAAUGACUGUGAUUUUCGACACAGACAUGAAGAACGGAGGCAAGGGCUUCAAAGCAAAUUUCACUUCUGGCUAUUACUUGGGGAUUCCACAGCCCUGCCAGGAUGACGAAUUUCAGUGCAAAGAUGGAAACUGCAUUCCAAUGGGGAAUCUCUGUGACAGCUACCAACACUGCAGUGAUGGCUCGGAUGAAGCACAUUGUGUGCGCUUUCUCAAUGGCACACAGAGCAACAAUGGGUUGGUACAGUUCAAUAUUCAUAACAUAUGGCAUAUUGCUUGUGCUGAGCCCUGGACCACACAAAUUUCAAAUGAAGUUUGUCACCUUCUGGGACUAGGGAGUGCAAACUCAUCAAUGCCAAUACUAUCUACUGGAGGUGGACCAUUUGUGAGAUUAAACGAAGCCCCUAAUGGCAGCUUGAUACUAACACCCAGUCUACAGUGCUCCCAAGAUUCCUUGAUUCUGUUGCAAUGUAACCAUAAAUCAUGUGGAGAAAAAAUGGUGACUCAGAAAGUUGGCCCAAAGAUCGUUGGUGGAAGUGACACCCAGGCAGGGGCAUGGCCGUGGGUUGUGGCUUUGUAUUACAGAGACAGGUCUGGAGACCGGCUGCUGUGCGGUGCCUCUCUUGUCAGCAGUGACUGGCUGGUGUCUGCUGCACACUGUGUGUACAGAAGAAAUCUAGAUCCAACCAGAUGGACAGCAGUCCUGGGCCUGCAUAUGCAAUCGAAUCUGACUUCUCCUCAAGUAGUAAGACGGGUGGUCGAUCGAAUUGUCAUAAACCCUCAUUAUGACAAACGAAGAAAGGUUAAUGACAUUGCUAUGAUGCACCUUGAGUUUAAAGUAAAUUAUACAGAUUAUAUACAGCCUAUUUGUUUACCAGAAGAAAAUCAAACAUUUACUCCAGGAAGAAUGUGUUCAAUUGCUGGCUGGGGAUAUAAUAAAAUAAAUGGUUCUACUGUGGAUGUGCUGAAAGAAGCUGAUGUUCCUCUUGUAUCCAAUGAAAAGUGCCAGCAGCAGCUGCCAGAAUACGACAUCACUGAAAGUAUGCUAUGUGCGGGAUAUGAAGAAGGAGGGACAGAUUCUUGUCAGGGUGAUUCUGGAGGACCAUUAAUGUGCCAAGAAAACAACAGAUGGUUUCUUGUUGGUGUGACAUCAUUUGGAGUCCAGUGUGCACUGCCUAAUCACCCUGGGGUAUAUGCCCGGGUCUCACAGUUUAUAGAAUGGAUCCAUAGCUUUCUACAUUAGGCAUUUUCCUGACCCAAACAUAAAUGAGGGGCAUGUUUUCCUUUUUCCUUCAUUUUUACUUAAACUAGUAUGGCGACUGAGAGUUUCAUGAGAAGAAAAAGAUCAUAUUUUUAGCUAAAUCAUUUAAAUGCUGAAAUGGGGAUGGUAGGCAGACAAUAAAUUAAAAUAAAUCUUUGAAACAUAAAGUAAUCAUGAAAUGCAUUUCUGUUUCAUAAUAAACAAUUACUCUUCUAUAGACAUUAUCAUUUCCUUUGUCUCAAACCAAUUUUUACCAUUUUCUAUUGUGAGAAGGGCUAUUAUUUUAAGACAUUUUCCAUACAUUUAAGUUCAAAUGGGUGGAGAAGUGAAAUGAAGUAGUUUGCCUAACGUAUGUCAUUGUUUGAAAUGAGAUGUUGUAACUCAUCUAAUUUCAAUUUAGUGUUACCACCAGAGUCAUUGCUGUUUUCCUGCUUCUCCAUUCACAAGCAUUUCUAUUUAAAUAUAAUGUUUCCCUGCUCAUAAAAGUACAUUUAUUAUGAGCCCAUAUCACAGACACUAUCAAAUCAUAACUGUGCCUUUCUUCGAAGUAAACAGAACAUACAAAGGUCUCUCUCUUGACCUAGCAUCAACACAAAAGUAAACUACUUUCCACCCUUAUUCUCCACAAAUGAUCUUUACAUUUACUUUAUCUUUUUUAUUUAAAAAAAUAAAAAACAGUUUAAAAAUGUACAGUUUUUAGACUUUCCUGAACAUGUGAAAAAUUUGUUCAGACACAGUUGAAUUGCCUUCUAAAGGCAAAAAAUGUGUAAUAAAUGAAUUUGCUUCAGUCC